GCAACCGGACACGGUUCACUCUGUUCUGACCGAGAGGGGUACAUGGAAGUUAUGCUUAGGAAGUGAAAAUCAACUCGUUAGCUGGUCAUUUGCUCAUCUGAAGGUCUACAGCCCUGGUAGUUCCAUAAUUUUGUCUUGCUUCUUGUGACCGAUCAGCAUGGCCUUCUCACUGAUCACGCUUACAAAGCUGUCAUCAGCGACACACUGCAGGUCUUUCAGUAUUUCAGCCGCUGUGGCAGCUAUUCAGAAGUUAACUCGAGUAAGAGUGAUUGACAACAGCACUCUUGGAAACACCCCAUAUCAUCGUCCUCCUAAAGUUAUUCAUGUGUAUACCAAGAAUGGAGUGGGAAAAGUGGGUGAUACUGUCUUACUAGCCAUCAAAGGACAGAAAAAGAAGGCUCUGAUUGUGGGACACAAAAUGCCUGGAGCACGCAUGACACCUCGCUUUGAUUCAAACAACGUUGUACUGAUAGAAGAAAAUGGAAACCCGACAGGAACAAGAAUUAAAGUUCCCAUACCUGCACACUUGCGUAAAAUGGAGGGCGAAUAUUCCAAACUGUUAGCCAUUGCACAACGAUUUGUAUAAGCAGUAUUAGUGUGUUAUACUGUAUUAGAGCAAUUAUGAUCUGCACCACCAUUUAUGCUAGUAUAGUUGCCUUCUGUGACUGACAAUUUUCAAAAGAAAACUCUGGUUGUAUUUAAUAUAUGAAUUUAUAUCUUCAAAAAUAGCUGUUGGCAUUCAAGAACAGACAAAUCCUAAAGUGAUAGAUCAUACAAGUUUGUUACUGACCCGUAACUGAGUUAGCAUGUAGGGAUGACGUGCGCUUAAGGUUUGGACAACUUAAAGGAUUUCACACUGGUAACUCAGAUAACACACUUGGCAUGUUCUGUAUGAUUAUUUGUAAAACAUGCAGGUAGAGUUAAAUUGUAUCCUCUCUGGUUGCCACUAUUAGCAACCAAUAAAGUGUUUUUACAACAGGAUGAAUAAAAUUAAUACAAAUCUG